AUGGCUGACAGCAUCCCGUUAAAUCCGGUGCGGAAGAACUCGAAGAGGAUCCCGUAUUACAACUCAGCUAGACUUUCAAGGUACGAGGCGAGCCCGUUUGGCUGUUUCUUCGGUUGUAGACUGAGAAACAUCUGUUUGACUGAAAUAUUGACAUGUCGCCGCCUCGCUUGCUCCCUGGACUCCGUUUUCUCGGUGUUUUGGUUCUUGGCUGUUAGCUUGUUUCGCUGCUAGCUCUCUGCGUCUCUGACAGCUCCUCCGCUUUUAUUCUCCCUCUUACAGGUGCUCGUUUUUGCUCACAACAUCCUCCAUAAAGCUUCAAAUCAAACUGAUUUAUUAAUUUUUGUUCACUAAUCCAAUCCUACAUGCCUCAAAAUCCCUCCAUGAUAUCUUCCUCCUGCUUUGCUCUCAUCUGAUUUGGAGUCAUAUGAUCUGCGAUAAUAACUUCAGCACAUUGUUAUUAAGUGUUUCUUCUGCAUGCUGUAGUCUUCAUUGACGAGCUUGUUCAUUUUACAGACUUGGACGAAGAUGAGCUUAUAAAGUCUUCAGUUUCAGGAAUGGACAGGAAGUGAACUAGUCCCAUGAACAGGUACUUGUAGAGCUAGUUGUAGGUUUGUUAAGUGACUGUUGACACAAUAUGAAUGUAUGUAUUUAACCGGUAAGCUACCACAAAUAUACACACAUAAGCUGGUUUUGAAAACAAGCAGAUCUCUGUGGGUGGAAAGGGUCCGAAAAUAUUCUGAUCAGGUGACUUUCUGCGUAGGUAGAAGUGAAACUACCUGUCUUACAACUUUAUUAAAAGUAGGAAGUAGGAAAUGAUCAUGAUAUAUUUUGUCAUAUCGUCCGAUAUCGAUUAUUAUCGCGAUCUUUUUAAAAACUGCCAGUUUUAGAGCAUCUGUACGAAAAAUUAAAGAAACUAGAGGUUAGUUCAACAUUUUAUUAAAGUAAAUAACAAAGCAAAUUAAAUAGGAUACACUUAGAAAAAUAUGAAAAACUGCUUAAACUCAACAGUACAACAAAUGUAGAUAAAUAAUAUAAUACUACUAUCACUAACAGUGAAUUAGUUUACAGUCCGGAGUGUUUUUGCAGGUAUGCAAGACCCAAAAUAAACAAAUCGCCCCCUCAGGAAUAAUGGAGAUGCCUUAAAGUGUAAACAUUAGAUGAUGUAAAUGUAGAUGAUAUGAUUGAUUGCUGCUUUUGUUUGGUGGCUGCACCGCUAGUUGUGGCUAAACUGCUAAUGUAUCUCAUGCCGUCAGCAGUAACAGGCUGUUCAGACUCGACUCACAUUUUCAUGCUUUCCGCAUAAUCACUCGGGAAGAACUUCUUUAAAUGAUUGAACAGAUCUGUUGUGUUGCCGAUUUUUGACGACCGCUGACAUACCUUGCACAUCAGCUUAAUUGCUUGACGUCACUUUGGAGAUACCCGAAUCACCGCCACUCAAUAACUUCUCAACAAUAACAUCUUCAGAGGAUGACUCAAAGUCAUGGCUGACAUCUCCGCGUUCAGCUCCACGUUCGGUCAUUCUCUCAAAAAUCGUGUCUUUAUACCUCAUUUUAAACUGUGUAAACAUGUUUGAACUUUGCUUUAACUCUAUGGAAAACCUGAAACACACUUCCUCUUUGUCCAAAUUAAAGUGAGAUUUAAGUUAAUUUUUCCCCUUAAAUUGUAACUUCCCUCACGCAUGUAUAAUGAAGUGAGGAGUUUCUUUUUAGCAAAAGUUCAGAUAGUAAAAAGUACAUAAAAAGAAACACAAACGCAGUAACACAACUGCUUUAAUGGCUGUUAUUGUGUCUCUUUACUGUCAAUCUGUGAUCCUCGCCCUUCCUCUCUGUAAUAAAAUUCAUGUGACAGGUAAUUGGGCCCCGACCUCUCUGUGUAGGUCACACUGUUGGGUAAGCAGCUGAGCUGAGGCCCUGAAGCUGGUUAAAGCUACAAUAAUAAAGCUUUUCCACGGGAACAGAAGGCAUUUGUUGGCAACAAUACCUGCUCUGCAAGCCAGCAAACCUUUUUACAAACCAGCCCACGUUUCCACCCGUUGUAGAGUUGAGUUAUUAUGCAAUCUGAUGUGGGAGUUCCAUAGCAAGAAACACUGCGGCUAUUAACGUUCCUUGUUGGCGAGUCUCAGCGACCCGUACACAAAGAGCAACGGCGAAGAAAAGUUGCCGGUGAUUCACAUGUGUCCUCCAGCGCAGUGUUAGCAGAAGUCAAAAGCAGGUUUGAAACUAAACUCGUUAUUGGCAUCACCUUACGAUGGGUUUAAGUAUUAAACUUCUGUAAUUCCCUCAGACUGGCUACACACAAGAGGACUUUAGACCCAAUUCAGGGCCCAGUAUGUCACUAGUGUAUGUCGCUGAUAUUUUGUCCUCAAGUGCUCGGUCGAAUUACGACUGUUUUACUGCUCCUGACCCAGUUAGAGCCUCCCUAACCUGGGAUUGUAAAUAUCAAACAUGUUUGAUAUUUACUGUUCCGGGUUGAACUGUCUCAGAUGAAAACCCGCUUUGACAAAUGAGAGGAGAGGAGACUGGGAGUAGACCGUCGCCAAGUGGCUGUUUUGCACUUUCAGAUCAAGAGACCAUUUUAAACAGUUUAACAUCAAUCGUCUCAGUCUGGAAUACUUCACCCAAUUUUUUUGACGUUUUUAUUUUUUCACUGCGAAAAAGAACUCAAGUCUGGACUCCCAGCUGGUAAUGUCGAUCGUCCUCCAUGAUUAUAUGUCUCCUGAGGUCAUUUUUGAUUGUGCAGAUCUGGUCUAGUUUCUGUAAAACUGUCUCAAGUGUGAGAAAAUGGCACCAACUAAGUCUGCAGAUAUCCUCUUUCGUAUAUUAGAACUUUUUAACUCUUGCACUAAGUCCACCACGUCCACCAAUCUUUUAAGGUCACACAUCAGACCCUAAAACAGGCCUGGUGUGCAUCUAGCUUUGACCCACUUUCUGUCGUCAAGCCGUUUGUCUAGCUCUGCCUAAAACGGUGGAAAUCCAGAAAAGAAGCACUCUUGAUUUCGAGGAAAUCAUUAUAAUUUUAAUCAUCAUCAUGGUUGUUCAGCUGAAGUUGCAGAACUCACAGCUGAAGCGUUCGGCAUGCAGCAGCAGCAGCAGCUUCUGUAUGUUCUUCUUUGGCAUGUUGUGCAAGUCUGCAGGGACGUAUUGCUGAGAACAUGUGUGUGUGUGUGAGUGUGUGUGUGUGUGUGUGUGGCGGAUCUUAAUCUUAUAAUCCAGCUGAUGUUAGCUUCAUGCUUGUUCACAUGUUCAGGUUCACAAGAUGCUCGAUGAUGUACAGAAGAGUGAGAGCUCAGAAAUUCAUAAAUUCAGAUGUCAUGAUCGUGUUCCUCUGACGUCAUGGCGUAAAGGUUGAAUUUCAGACUGAUUAAAGUCUCCACAGAUUUGUACGUUAUGAAAGCUGUUGAAAAAGUGGAAAGUUUGAUUCUCUUCGACUGGUGAAUUAAUUUUUGUUUAGCAAUCAGCCUCUGAAGAUUGGACUUUAAACCUCCUUACAGUGUGAGAAACACCGUACUCAGCAGAGCGGUUUCAGUGCUGUACACAACAGAGGCUGAAGUAGUCGCUGGUUCGAGGCCAUUCAAACCAUUUCCUGUUUCUCUUCAGCUGUCCUAUCCAAUAAAGGCAGAAACGCCCGAAAAUAUCACUUGGUUGACACCGUUACUUAAAGAUUUCUCAUACAGUCUUUCUUUUUGGAUAAAUGAAUAGGGAUGUUUCUAAAGAGUGUAACUGUGGAGCAGUGAGAUCGAAGUCUUUAACCUAAAACGUGUCUUUUCUCUGAAGUUAAAGUGAUUGGAUUUGGGCUUCAGCUUGUUUUUAACCCCUUUAAAAAUAAUAAAGCAUCUGUAACCUGACUUUAAACACUCGAGUCUUAAACUUCUGUGAAAAACGCAGCUUCAUCGUCUGUUUUCUGGAGGUCAGAGAAACAGAAGGUAAAGAAAGGAGUACAAACAUUUUAGAAUGAAAACCUGGUGUUUUUUUUGUUUCUUUGGAUUUUUAGAUUAAAGUCUUUUGAAAUAUUAACUUUAAUUCAAGAUAAAAAUGUUCGUUUUAAUUUUUCUUUUUGUUUUAAGUUUGUUUUAGUGUCAUUUUUCUUUAAUGUGAGCCACAACAGUUCUCCUAUCACUGUGUUUCGAUUACAUGUCGUCCGUCAUAAUUUUAAAGUUUUGUACUUUAAUUUUCUCACUAUUUUUAUUGUCUGCUUGUUACUGGUUUAAGUUUAGCCAAUAUUAAGUUUUUUUUGGAGUCCGUAGACCUCCACGAUUCUUUGCAGAGGCCUCAUGAAUAAGACAUUAGGUGCCUCUCCAGAGUGUUUCCACUGUCCCUUUUACAUUUCAGUGAAAAGCGGUCGUUCUUCUCAACAGUACUUGGUGGAAGAGGAAGUGAGCCAACUCCUCUGAGUAGCUUUAAUCUUGGCUUUUCCUGGAUAUUGUACCGUGGAUCUAACGAAGAGCUUUCUCUUCAAACACUGACAGUCAACCAGCUUCAAAACGCCACAUAAGCUGAGGCGUAAAUUCAGAUCUGUGUGGGUUACUAAAAUCACUUAUUAAAGGUUUAGAGGCGGUUACUUAAAGGGGAAGGGGGUGUUCAUGGUUUCAUGGUAGGUGACUGUCCUCUGUCCUCACAGAUACUCAAUAGAAGAUGAGCCCUCGAACCUGGAUGAGAUGCCUCUGAUGAUGUCGGAGGAGGGCUUCGAGAAUGACGAGAGCGACUACCAGACGCUGCCCCGGGCCCGGGUCAACCAGAGACAGCGAGGCCUCGGCUGGUUCCUGUGCGGAGGCUGGAGAGUCCUCUGUGGCAGGUAGUCCUACUCUGUGAUUUCCGUUUAUCAGACACAGACUCCGCCUCUGAAGUCUGUUUGAAUACCGUUAGCAAAUGUCUGAUCAGACUGAAACUUUUAACAGUACGGCGACGUCACACAGUCAUUUGACAUCCAGCCAGUCAGAUCGUGUUGUUGGCAGGAUUGUAGGCGAGCGGGGCCAAACGAGCGCACGUUUUAAUCCUUGUUUGCAAAGCUAAGAUCUGGUAUUUUCCGCCGGUUGGUUCAAUAAUAUUCCCGAAGAAAACAGAGUUUGUGAGAUUUGGAUGAAGUGGAAACAGAGUCUCAUUUUCUUUACAUGACCUGAAAGAGUUAUUAUUUCACAAAGUCGCCUAUCAAAAGCCCAACAUGAGGAUAAACUUAAAACUGUUGAAAUGCUGAUACAGAUAAUCCUUCAAAUGACAAAUAUUGGCCUCUAUAUCCGGGCAAAGCCUCUCCGUCGAAGAAAAACAAAUGACUCCAACAAAAGGUUUUCUUUAAAUCAAGGUUUGAUGAUGAUUGUGCAUUCAGGAACUGUUUUUUAAAUUUAUUUAACAUUUAUUUGACCAGUAAUGUCCCAUGGAGAUUAAAAACCUCUUUUUCAACGGAGUCCUGGUCAAGAGGCAGCAAAAAAGAUGAACACACAUCCACGUCCUGCUUAAAGGGAUAUUCCGGCUUAAAAUUAAGUUAGGGUCAAACACACGUAACACCCCCUCCAGAGAGGAAUGUUGCCGACCGCUUGCUUCUCCAGUUAUACCAACUUUAGUAACGACCGCACGAUAGCAAUACACAGCGGUCUGAGGGGCCAUAAACAAACCUCAACCAAAACACCACUCUAUAGCCACAAAUAAUGCUCAGAACAGCACCUAACUUCAUCAACAGGACAUAUAGGGUCCCAGACAUAGAACUAGACACCAAACAUCUUUUUAACUUUGACUCAUUUCUUUAGCAAAGAGACUAAACACAACUCACCUACUCUCUUCCAGCAGCCGCUUGUUUGUAGCGAGACCUCAGGCCAGUCCAUUACGGACUACAGCGGGGUGCCACAGCUCAAGGAAGAACAUUUAUGAUCAUUUCUUCAUGGAAAUACAAUCAGACUGAGACGCUAAGGCAGAAGAACUGCCGCGUCUGCAGUGCAAAAUGAUUAAUAUGGUGAUUAUUACUUCAAGGAAAUGAUAAAGAAAAGAUCAUAAAUGUUAACCCACAUGCAUGCUGCAGGCCAGCGCUGCGAGCCCAGAGCAGCGAGCCAGGCAGGAAGAGUCGCACGCAAAUGAUCCACACAUUUUAGCUUGUUUAAUGCACGCUUUUAUUAAGACAUGACGGUAAAAACAUAAUAAAAAAAAGAAGCUUUUUGUCGCUUUUUUCUUUUUUUUCCCCCCUUUUCUUUUUUUUAGUUUAUAGAAUAAAUGAAUAUUAUUUACUAACCGGAUCGUAAGGACAGCCCCAUUUACUCGAAUAUCCGAAUAACCGUGCACAUCCCUAGUUUAUGGCUCCUCAGACCGCUGUGUAUUGCUAUCCUGUGGUUGUUACUAAAGUUGGUAUAACUGGAGAAGCAAGCGGUCGGCAACAUUCAUCUUGUUAGGAGGUGUCUAACUCGGUGUUAAACUGUGUUUGACCCUAAAUUAAUUUUACGCCGGAAUAUCCCUUUAAGUCAGGCCCCUCUCCGUCUGUAGUUCUGAGUUUCAUUUGGACCUUCACCCGCUCUGAAAGUUGUGAGUGUGUUGUCAUUCUGUAAAUGUGUAUCAUGUGUAUAAUGUCAGUAAAUGUUCCCGUGAUGAUCAGUUUGGAUUUCAAACGCACCGGUAGCUGUGCAUGAAGUGCAAAGAGAGGAUAAGGGCAUGUUUUUGGUCGAGUUCCUCGAUGCGCACCAUCAGCCCAAAAAGAUUUUCAGGUCAAACAGCACGUCGGGGUUUAUCCAGCUAAUGAUUAAUUUGACAGGUUUUGUCCUCUAAAGAUGAGGAGAGAGUGUUUGUUUAUGCGUGAACAAUAAAAUUGAACAUUUAUGAACAAAUGUUUGUGCUGCACUCCAGCUCCUCCCUCAAAGAAACGCUUUAAUUGAUGCAGGAAUGCCGGUGAAUAUUUCCAGCGUUGUUUCCAGCGUCGAGUGGUGCGUCUCCGGUUAAAGCUGCUGCAUAUUGAUCCCCCUCCCCACCCCACCCCCCCACUAAUGAACAAAUCGGAUUUUUCACAGCUGACCAGUUUGAUGCUUUCCAGUAAUUUUAUGUGUGCUUAGUGUGGGAUUAUAAAACACAAAUAAUUCACACUGAAUAAGCCCUGACUGUUCAAAUGGCAUAUUAUUUGAAUAGCAUUCAUUUGCUUAAAUAAUCGCUCUUAUGAAACUGGACCGGGAGUGCACAGGGACCUGGAACAUGGAGGCCAACACAAACAAGACUUUUUCACCAAAGUUCAUUUAUUUAGUUUCAUGUUUUGCCAACUUGCUUAAAAAGUGGAAAAGCCAAGUCGAUCAGCAUGACGGUAUACACUGACACUCUCCCCUCGUUCCCCUAGAGGUGCCAGUUCAGCUCAUGCUCCCGUUGUAAUUUACCCCCCACACUGCACCUCUGUUUGCACUAGAUAUCAGAUAUGGUAGAUAAGCACCAAUGUAGUCAUUAGCAGGUUGAUAGAAAGUCAAAUACUUUUUAAAAAGUAAACCAUAAUCUGCUUUCUCGCUCUUUUUUUUCUUCUCAGAACUUUUAAAAUAUAAUAACAUCAGUGUGUAAUAAAGCGUAGAUCUGUCCGUGCUAGAUUGUGUCUCUUAUUCUGACAUGUAAAGCGUUAGUUUUUUUCUGUCUUAUCUAGUUGUGCGGCUCUGCAAGAGUCGGACGCCCGCAGCACUUCUGAGGGAAUUCCCUCCUGUUGGGAUUUAGAGAUCUUUACGGCGCUGCAACAAAAUACCUUUCAAUAGAAGUGUGACAAAGACGCCGUAUAGAUGAAAUUCACUCUGACAAGACGAGAGAUAUAAAUAUCACCGGUUCUGUCGGCUGCAGCUGCACAGCUCAGCGACAAUAAUUGAUUCAAAAACUGAGAAAUCAAAGGUUGUGAAAUAAAGUCCUGAUGUUUGAUGAGAGGGCGUUAUUGUAGGUUUGAUUUCAAUUUGGGAUUAUGUUUGUUUUUUUCUUGAACAAAGUCGUAAAACAAUGUGUCGUUCACAUUUAUCUGCCUCCAUCGUGGUAUUAACAGGUUCAAAACAACAAAAUCAAACCCUUCAUACUGAUGAAUUUUCACCGUCCUCUCCAGUCUGAGUUCAGCUGAAAAACAGUUACUGGUUCAGAUCCAAGAUUUAAGAUAAACAGUGGAAAAAAACUAAAUCAAUAAGUAUCGUUUGGGAUUAGGGCUGGGCGAUAUGGCCUCAAAUCAAUAUCACGAUAUAUUGAUCAGUUCACCUCGAUAACGAUAAAUGGAGCCGCUACGACUUUUGAACCGUCCUCCAUCUCCUCACCUGUCUUUCCCUCUUUGUUACGGACUGGAUGGGGUGGAGUCACGUCUCUGAUGUAGGACAGCGUCUUAAACGGACAUGAGACCAUAGUCUACCUACACACAUCCAAAACCAACUUUGAUUUCUUAAUGUUUUUGACACUGAAUAUAUUGACAUGUACAAAAUGACGUUGGUUAUUGUCCUAAGUUUUGGUAUGAGUAAAUUUCCGGUUUACCGCCCAGCCUUACUUGGGAUUUUCCUUUUAUAAUAUUUUAUUAAAACUCAAAUCUCCUGAAGGGAACUUUUGAUUGGGGUUGAUUUCGGCACCCUCUGUGGUCUAAACGCUUCACUGGUCUUUUUCUGGUAUUUUUGACGACAACAAAGUGUCAACAAUCAAAUGUGUAAAUAUUUGUUGUUCAGAAGAUAGGAGGGUCUGUUAAACCCCCAAUUUCCACUGCAUGCGGAACGUUUAUGAAAAGGCCGUAUCCGCCGAUUGUAGCUGAUCGUAAUCAUUCAAGCUAAUGUGUCAAUUUCCACCGACUUCUUUCUGUUCCUCUGCGGAUCGCCGGACUCCACAGCUGAUCCCAAGAGUUCUAUUUUUUCAGAUAAAUUCAGCACCGAUUAACCCGUGCUGGAAAGGAAGUCGGGCACAGACACAAAAUAAUACAUCCGGUUUCUUUUCAAAAUAAAACACUCCGUGUUUCAGGAGGAUCGUAUUUCUCACCAAUCCCGUGGAACACUCUCACCGCAGUUUGAAAAUUACCCUCAUGAGAUGAUCAGUCUUGUUGAAGUCUGAAAAAGUGUUUAGAUCUUUUUAAAAUUAUUUCUGUCUGAAUGAAUCAACAGCAGAUAAAAUCGAUUUUGCCGCUUCCUGGAUGUUGAAUUUGUUCGUUGAAUACUCGGCUGCAGGUGAACGAUAUAAUGUGUGUUUUCCCUCCUCUUCUCCGCUCAGCUGCUGUGACUGCCUGGCCCACAUUUGCCGGAGGAAGAAGGAGCUGAAGGCCCGGACGGUUUGGCUGGGCUGUCCGGAGAAAUGUGAGGAGAAGUACCCGAAAAACGCCAUCAAAAACCAGAAGUACAACAUCGUCACCUUUGUGCCUGGGGUGAGUCAGCUGACAUCCUGAAGACAUAUUCCCACUGUUAUUAACUUUUACAGUCCCCACUCUGCUCCAGUUUUAACGGACGUCGAUCUCUCCACGGUUAACCAGUGUGUGAAACAUAGGAGCAUGAAGUGGAUCUAAUUGGCCUGUCUUCAAAUUAAGGCUCUCCACUGCAGGGGAUCCAUCAGACUAACUUAUUAAAAACCAAACAGUUCCAUGAUUAAGAGGGCCGCCUUCAGCCCGGCCCAUAAAAUGUCAACUGUCUAUUAGAGACGUAGAUAUUCCUGCGAAUCGGCUGUUGUUCCUCCCUCCACUUUGAAUUAUUAAAUACACACAAAUUGAGUUUAGCAGUGUGCUUUUUCCCCCUAAAGGUCAGGAGGGUUCAUUAACUGCAGAGCGUCGCCCAUUGAUCCUUUUGUCUCUGAUUAUCUGUGACUAGACGCCACGCUCUCAUUAUUGCACACAUUAUUCAAAAUUUGACCUUAGAUGAAUAGAGCACCAAAGGAUCGGCGCUGAUGGAUGGUCCAUUAGCAGAGAGUCCUCGCAAAGUCACAGGUGGUUCUUCGGUUUGGAGAAUUUAAGGAAAAGUUUGCCGCUUUUUAUCUUCGUUCAUUAAUUCAGUUAUCGGGAUGUUUUUUCUCACAACUGGAAAAAAGAAGUUCCUGCAGAAUCAAACCACGAACGCCUUUGGUACACCGGUUAGCCGUGCGUUUGAAUAAUGUGACGUUAACUGCAUCGACUUUAAUCUGAUGGCUCACCUACUUUUCUUCUUCUCUCCCCUCAGGUUCUCUACCAGCAGUUCAAGUUCUUCCUCAAUCUUUACUUCCUGGUGGUGGCCUGUUCCCAGUUUGUGCCAUCUCUGAAGAUCGGAUACCUGUACACGUACUGGGCACCUCUGGUAAAUACACUCUUUCCACUCCACACUAAUAAGUCCCUAUAUUAUUGUCCCUGCAGAAGCAUUUUCAGAGAUCUUAAAGUUCAAGAGUGUUUGUGAAAGUCUUAAACGAUGAAUAAUAACAUAAGUAUUGAACUUUUGUGGAUGUUCACGGUUGGAUCUGUUUUCUGUCACUCAGGGUUUCGUGUUAGCCGUCACGAUGGUGCGAGAAGCUGUAGACGAAGUGCGACGGUACCAGCGGGACAAAGACAUGAACUCCCAACUCUACAGCAAGCUGACAGUGCGAGGUCAGUGAGAAUUAAAGAAUCGUCUUUGCUCAUAAUCGCCUUCUUCCUGCUCAGUUUUGGGAUCUUCACUCCUAACAGACGCCGUUCUCUCCGGCUGUAGUUGCAUCGAUUUUUCCCCUCCCAAUUUCUCCGUCUCUUUGUCGAAUGUGUGAUGAAAUCCCCCUGUGUGGUAUCUUCUCACCGUGUCUGAGGCCGCAGCUGUAUCACUCUCUCUCUGCGCUCAUCUGCACGUGUUCAUUUAUAAGCUCAGAAGGAGAAGAAGAAGGCGGGUCGUAGCGGAUAUCGAGGCGAUACAUUUGAGAGUGUCGUUGUUUUAGUCUGAGCCUCAGAGCAGGGGUGAAAACAGAAGGGUAUUACAUGAUCAGACUGGAGGUAAUCGAUCUGUGAGAAGGUGAGGGAGGAGGAGAGGAAAGUGGCUUGUGGUCUGAAGAGUCAGGGUCAUUUUUCGAGAGCCGGGGAUCAAUAACUGCGUUUGAUUUCAUAGCUGUCGGUGAAGAAUCCGAAUUUUAAUGUGAAGUUACUCAGUUUUAAUUUUCACCACUUUAUUUUUUCUUCUUCUCAGGUAAAAUUCAAGUAAAGAGUUCAGACAUCCAAGUCGGGGAUCUGAUCAUCGUUGAGAAGGUAAAUAAUUCAGGAGUUGAUGAUCAAAUCUGCUCCUCGGAGAGUAAUCAGAGUUCACCUUUGACACUUCAGACUCUCACUCACCUGUUCAACAUGUGAUGUCUGGUUUCAGCUCACUCUCUCACGAUGUUGACCUUGUUUAAUUAUUCAGGGUGAAAUAAAAGCGCUCAGUUACGUCUCACCUUUGAAAUGAAUGUGAUUUUUCCUCCUCUUAUCGUAGAACCAGAGGAUUCCUGCGGACAUGAUAUUCCUGAGGACGUCAGAGAAAACAGGUGAGCUGAGAUUUCACGAGAUGAGAGCGGACAAAACAAACAAACAAACAAACAACACGAUAUCAGUUGAACUCUGUUUGCCCUCGAGUAUUUGAACAAACGCCGUCAAGAUCAUUUGGGUGAGAAAUGUGAGUUUUUCCCGCACUUCCAGUCCCCUGACAUCCCCCGAUAGAGGUGGUCCAUGAUUCAUAUGAUUGAUGCCACAUUCUCGCGCUGACUGAUGAUGCAAAUUCCAAUUAAUCAAUGAGCUGCAGCAGAUCUGGCUCAGUUCUGAGGGGCAUCAGGAGGAAAUGCUCAGAGGACACCGUUUACAUCAAUCUCUGAUGUGCCAAUAUGCUUGGCAGGGAUUUGUUGAUGUCUUUAUGCCUUCAAAGCACACACACACACACACACACACAUUUCUUUCUUUACUUUGUCUUUCACACACACACACACACACACAUUUCUCGGUGGUGUUAUGUGAGGAGCUGAGGUGCCAUGGCAGCAGAAGGAAAGCAUGAAUCAUCCUCUUUGUGUGAAUGUUCUCCAUCAUCGUUAACCCUCCGGGGAUGGUUUAGAGCUGCCCUUUACCCUCUCUGUCAAAUAGUUGCUCUCAUCCAUCAGUUUCAUAUGUAAUAUUACCUCUGAUCAAUACAGGUCACCGCUGCUCAGCGUUUAUCGGACCUCACAGCGUGUGUGCAGCGGACGCAGAGACUCAAUCAGUCUGCAGUGUACUGCUCUGUACUGGUGCAGCGCUCCGACAUGUGCCAGUUCAUUACAGUCGCAUGAGUCAAACACUGCAUGUGUUUAUGUUUAUUUAAUGUAUCUUACAAAUCAGCUGAUGUGGUUUAUUUUAUCUUUUAUUGGACUGAACCCAUUAAAACUUUGCUCCAAACUCUUUUAACAUAUUUUUAAUCUGAAUAUUUAUCUCACUUUUUUUUAUUUGUAUAAAAUCUCACUAAAUCAUCAAGUCUUUAUGCGACAUAAAGCUAACAUUUGAGUUAUUCUCUGACUGUAAAUUUUAAAAAAUCCUCCAUUUUGCUGUAAAGUUUUAGAUUUAAAGCUACUAUAAGGAGUUUUUUGACAUCAUGAAAUAGACUGAGGGGGUCGCCAAAAUAGAUUCAAACCAAAAAUUCCUUUAAAAGUGUCGGUAAAAAAAUGGUAACCUGCCAUCAUUAGGACGUCCCUCCACAAACCACUGAGACUGCUCUCAUGUUUUACACAGUCGAUGGUAGGGCUGGGCGAUAAAUCGAAAAUUUACAGACACCGACAAUACGACAAUAACCGACGUCAUUUUGCCCAUAUCGGUAUAUUCAGUGUCAACAAAACAAAUAAAUCAAAGUUGGUUUUGGAUGUGUGUAGGUAGGCUAUGGUCUCAUGUCCCUUUAAGACGAUGUAACUCCGCCCCAUCCAGUCUGUAACAAAGAGGGAAAGACAGGUGAGGAGAUGGAGGACGGUUCAAAAGUUGUAGCGGCUGAAGUAGAUGAAGUUAAUGUGGGAGGGGGUGAGCAGCUGGUGGAGUAGUUAUCGAGGUGAACUGCUCAAUAUAUCGUGAUAUUGAUUUGAGGACAUAUCGCUCAGCCCUAUGGCGUUAACAGAAACACUCACUGUUCACUGCAUGGUGAUAAUAAGACGUCUCUAAGUGUAACUGUACUUUCUGUUUUGUUUGUCAGGUGCAUGUUUCAUCAGGACGGAUCAGCUGGAUGGAGAAACCGACUGGAAACUGAAAGUCGCUGUUGGCUGCACUCAGCGACUUCCAGCAGUCGGGGUAAGAGAAGAUUUGGACGCAUCUUUAAUGUUUAAUUUCCACAUUCAUUUCUCCGAAUGCAUCGUCCUACUGAGAGUUAUUCUGUGAAACACUGCAGCGACUCUCCUCUCUGGCGGGGUUAAAAUAAUCAUCGUGCUCCGUGUUCUCAUCAGGAGAACACUAUCUGAGCAGAGGCCGCCCACUUGAAUAAUUUAAUAUUUACAAUCAGUUCAGUUCCUCUCGGGAUAAAAAAAAGAGAUGGAGUUUGUUGUUUGACGGGCGUAAGGCUGUGGUCUUAACUGUACCUACCUAACAUCCCACAUUUACGUCAGAACUAGAAGAAAAAUGCUGACCUUAUUUCCAGAAAGUCCAAAACAAACUCUUGAGAAGGUCGACAAUUUCAUUCAGUUAAAACUAAAGGGACAGUAUGCAGUUUUUUGGUGUAAGGGCCUGUUUCCACUAACGCUGCAGUGUUGCUAAGUUGUCUCAUGUGACUUUAGCUUUCUUCGGUGGUGUCAGUCAGGUUCACUUGUCUAAUAUUUUCAUCUAUUUAUUUGAGGAUAUUUAAAAGAAAAUAUGAGAAAACGUCUCUUCCGCCUCUUCUUUAUUUUGAUUGGUCAGAGAGGGAGGAAUGACAUUUAUAAGUAGGACUAUGUUUUACUGUUAUUUUCAAUUUUUUUUCAAUUUAUUGCAACAAAAAGGAAAUAUAAAAAAAAAAAACAGUUCAGGAGCUGUUUUGAUUUUCACACUGGAAGUUGAUGCUGAUCACACACACACACACACACAAAAUGCUGUGAGUGGAAACAGGCCCUGAUGGAUUUACUUUAGUGGACACAGGCCCUGAUGAAUUCCCUUCAGUCCUUAUUUCUCUGCUUGUUUCUUCCUCUGUGUCCGCUGAUGGCAGUUUUUUGUGUUAACAUACAGUUAUAAGAAUGGUCAAUCUUGGUUUGGUUGGUUUUGUUCACUGUCUAAUUUUUACAUGUAAAUAAAAUAGAUUUAGAAAAUUGGGACGACAAUAAAAAAGCACAAAAAUCAUGAACAGAUCCUCUUGAAUCCUGUGUUGUGAGAUAUAAUCCUGUGGUAGUUUGAAUUUCACUAAAACGAACGUACGCUGAGUUGUUUGUUGGUUCUGUUUCAGGAUCUCUUCUCCAUAAGGGCCUACGUCUACGCCCAGAAGCCUCAGCUGGACAUCCACAGUUUCGAGGGGAACUUCACUAGGGUACAGUGGCUCGUUGACAUAUUUAUAAGCUGUUAAACAAAUCUCAAACACCUGCUGAUUCUGCUCUAUAGCAGCUGGAUUGACAUAAAAGAUGUGUAUCACUGCGGUGUGUUGACAAGCAGCAACAAUGAGAGCUUGUGUGUCCAUCCGGGCCCGUUGUUAUCUCCAGCAGGCGUACCUCUUACAUCACAGGCAGGUUCUCGCUGCCCCAGCUCCAUCCAUCCCGUCUUGGUUGUUGCUCAGUGAUUUUUUUUCUUUCUUUUUUUUUUUUUUUUUUUAUUAAUAGCAGAUUAGCGCAGCCCCCACAGAGAGGAGAGCCCCGGUACAAAGGGAGGCUUUGUGGCCCGUCUUCACUCUUGGCCACACACCAGGCUUAGUGAGGGAGCACUUCCUCCGCUCAUUCAUCCUCCGCGGCCUUCCUUUGCAUAGCGUGUGCUUUUAGUCCGAGCAGGAUGGGAAAAAAAUGGGUUCCCACAGAUCCGCAGCAAAUGAACUUACCUAUUUAUGAGGGUUUUUUUUUUUUCUUCCUCAAGACGGAUAUGGUGGCUUUGUUUCUUGCGGUCCUCGCUCAGACUCGCCGCAGUUAUGAUGCCAAUGUCAGUGCGGUCAAGCUCUCUGCAACCUGCCAUUUAUUUUUCAUGCACCUCUUCCCAUGUUUGAGUGGAUUGACAGGAUGUGGCUGCUUAGGUAUCAUAAUUAUCAUAUCAGAGAGGCAAUUUGAGCCGAAACUGGAGCCUUGACUCUGCACUCCUGACUCGAGCCAUUUUCAGCUUUGCUCUUUAUUUAAGAGAGGGGGUAAAACGGGCAGGGUGAAACAGGAGGCUCUCCGGGGGCUUAUUUAUCUUGGAAAUCUCAUCUAUGUGCACUCUCUAUACUGUUCUUUAAAAAGGAGCCUCUAUCGCCAUGCCAAAUCUGGAGAAAGUAUUGAUGAAGGGACUACUGUAUUGCUACAGUCUGCACUACUGUGUCAGGUGCUUGUGAGAAUUAAUCGCACAGCAGAGCUCGGCCAAUCGGGUCAGGCUGUAUACACUCAGCUGAGCUCAUGUUCCUCAGUUUUGUUCAGUGGAAACCUUUUUUUUUCAAGGGUGUUUGAUCUAAAACAAAAGGGGAUCUUAUUAGAAUAUAUAUCUAGAUAACCAGAUUUUAAUUUUACUUACCCAAAAGUCGAUUUCAGGGUUUGUUUUCCUCCAGUUUACACUUUAUUGAUUAGGAAAGUUGCUCUUCUCCUGGUUUUGACCGACUGUCACAGCUAUUUUCUCUUCCCAAAAACAGACAUCUCAAAACAAGAGGAGGAUUUUAGGAUUUUGAGCCACAGUUAGGGCCGGGUGAUGUGGGAAAAAGUUGAUCAGUUGAUAUCAAUCACAGCGCAGCGCAGACUUGGAGCAACUCCCCUUUUCAUUGGAUAUCCUUAUAGUCUACCAAAACAUGUCAGAAUGCCGGCUAUUGAAAAGCAUAUUGACUAUGUUUCAUAUCGAAAUUGAGUUAAUUUUUGAUAUAUACCAUUACCGUUUUAUCGCCCAGCCCUAGCCUCAGUGUAGCUGUUUGUAUCGCUCCCUGACCAAGGUCGGUUUAGGUCUGAGCUAAAACUAAAACUUUCUAUUAAUGCUGGGAACCGCAAGUUUUAAGACACAUUCUAACAGCAGGAGUGAAUGUUUAAUAUGGAGUACGAUAAACUUUCAAUUGUUUCAUGACUGUGUAAAAAGUAGCACCCUUAAACAGGCAGAGGUGGAAAAAUGCUCAAAGGUUAAAUUAGGAGUUUGAAACAGGAGUGUGUUUCAUAACUGGCUAGAAAAAUGUCUGUUAAAGUCCCACUCCGAUCAUUUUUUUACUACUGAAAGUGUUCUCAGUGGUCUUUAAAUUGUGAUUAUGAAGUUUUUAGCCAAAAUAACGUUACCUGUGUCACUUUUAAGGGCUUUUCUUCUGCAGAGCUCCAGUAGCUCAAUUCACCUCUAAGUUGUGGGCGGAGUCAGCACUGCUCUGCACACUCCUCUUUAUGCUCCUCUUCACGCUAGCUUGUAGCCUAACAUUGCCGGUGUAGUAGAAGUGGCAGGUAACAUAGGAGCUAUUCAGCUAUUCAGCACAAAUGUCUUUAGAGACAUGAUGAAAGUUAAUAUUAUAAUUAGCUUUCUUAUGAGCAUUGCAAUCUGCUAACGCACACACUUGUUCCGUGAUCGUUCUCUCUAUUUCUCUAAAGUCUGGCCUUCAUAGCGGGGCUCCGGGGGCGGAGCUUGGGUUUGUGAUGUAAGAAAUCUCACUGUUUCUGAGUCUGCAAUUUGGGUACGCCUGAGGUUCACAAAUGCAAUUUCGCACUUAGUUUCCUCAUGAUAUGUCCUGUAGCAUCAGAAAAAUGAACAUGUCGACAAUGAGGAAAAACAUGAUUUUCAUUGGAGUGGGUCUUUAAUUGUUGAAACUCUGGAAUGUUUUUUUUUUGUUUGUUUCUCACAGUUAAAAGUCUUCUCUCUCUCUCUCUCUCUCUCUCUCUCUCUCUCUCUCUCUCUCUCUCUCCAAAGUUCUGGUUUGUUUUCUCUUAUUUACUCCAGAGACACUCUCAACAGUACUAAUUAAAAGCUGACUAAUUGCUGCAAUUAAUUCUCUAAGUUGAGGCUGUUUUGGUCUCCACUAAAAGUUUAGAUUUGAAAGUGUAAACGCCGUUCACUGUCGGGUAUUUUUCAGUAAAUCAGCUGCUGCUUCUUUUUUUUCCUUUUUUACGAUUUUAUGUUUUUUGCUGAAGCGCUUUAAGUGACGAGUUUGUCCUUGUUGUCAACCGUUUUGGACAAUAACAAUAAUUUCUUUUCAUGUCUCCUGUAGGAAGACGCCGACCCGCAGAUCCAUGAGAGUCUCAGUAUUGAAAACACUCUCUGGGCCAGCACCGUCGUUGCAUCUGGUGAGUGGAUUGCGACUUUUAUUUAAGGCCUUGUGAUCUGUUUCCGCCCCUCUUUCUUGGACUUUCUUUUAUAUUAUUUAAAGUAUCUGGUUUGAUAUCAGAAGGUGAGAUUUCAAGAUAAAUUUGAUUUCGUAGGAGCUGUUUUUACAGGAUGUCGUCCUCUGAACUCAGAGCAGGUCGGAUAUGUCAGUCCAAAUGAACUCCAUCAAAACAGCCAAUUGAUGGUAAAAAAGGAGUGGCACACAUUUAGCAGUGUCCCUUUUUUCUAAAGGAGCAGUGCGCAUAAUUUAAAGUGAUUUAAGAGUUCGAAGGAAAAUGAACAAGAGCAUCAAAAAUGACUCCACCUAGAGAAAUCCCUCUCCUCCUCUCUGUGUUUUGAAUAUUUCUGUCUUGUGUGAGGAUUCGUGGCCUUGAGCCUCUCGGGUGUUUGAUUUGAUACGACUCGUGCGCUUUAGUUCGAAGAACUCUGAGAAAAACCCACAGCUGAGGUAAUCCUCCCUCGCUCCGUCUCGCCGAUUCCCCACAGAAGCGGUUGUGUCAGUUGAGAGCGUUUGCGGCGCUCCCAGCGAUGCCUCCGCCAUUGAUUUGCGGUGUUGCUCUCCCCUCCGGCCUGACCUUGACCAGAAGAACAAACACACACUCACACACACACACACAGUGGCACAGACACACACACUCACACUCACACAAAGAGCCCGACUUGGACCCCUUACAUCAUCUUCUGCUCGGGAAUGUCAUUGUCCCCCCACCAGCUUCAUCCCUCUGAGUCUGCACAGACCCUGAUCUCUGUGAGUCCGCUCUCUUAAAGGCUCCGGUCCAGCUGUGAUGAGUGAAUUAGUUGUUCGCAUAUUCAAAUUGAAGCCUCUCUGCAUGCUGAGCCCCUCACCAUUUGUCACUUUUCUCCAUAUUUCUGAAGCCAGAAGACGACCGGAGCGAUUCAUCACAUCCGUCUCCUCUGGACUUCCUUUUCUCUCCUCACUUUCCUCGUUUUUGCUUUUAACUCUUCUUCCAUUUUUAUAGUUUGGGGAUUUCCAGGGCUGUAUUUAGUUUUAUUAUUGCCUCUGCUCUCCCAUUAAGCUCAUUUAAUAUUAAUGACCCAUUAAUCCUCUGUAAUAAGGCCACCGUAAUGAAUUGGCAAAUAAAGAUGGCAGCGUAUUGAUCCGCUUUUAUGAGCUUCCAUAGGGUGCUGAAGGCCCUCAGAGUCCGAGUCCGAACCGCCUCAGCUCAGCCUUAUUGUGUUUCUACUCAUGCAGUUCAUCUCACUUGAUCAGGAUGAGUGUGUGCACGUAUACGUGUGUGUGUGUGUGUGUGUGUGUGUGUGUGUGUGUGUGUUGGAUGUUGGGGGUUUGAGAGGAGUUAAUGAGCAGCAUUACUUUCCUUGUCUCUCCUCUUGGCAGGAACGGUGAUCGGGGUGGUGAUCUAUACCGGCAAAGAGACCAGGAGCGUCCUGAACACGUCUUUUGCCAAGAAUAAGGUGAAUACUUUCGAGUUUUUGUGUUUCUGAAGGAAAAAACAACAACUUUUCAUUUUAAAGCUGCUGAUUUAUUUACUGUGAUCAAGUGUCAAUGAUUUGUUUUAAUAAUCAGUGUUUUAAAAUUUCAUCUAAUCCAGGAUGAAACUUUUACGUAUUUUACAGAGUCUCAUACUAUUUAAGAAAAAAGACCAAGAGAAAAGACUUAAUCAGAUUUAAUAAACAAGAAUAAAGCAAGAAAGUUUUUUAUUCUUGGUAGAAAAUGAUAAAACAGAAACUCUCACAGUCGCACAAAUCUACACGACAUCCUCUCAUCAAACAAACCAAAAACAACCACAGAUUAUCUCUGGAGAUGUAAUCUGGAUUAAAGUAAAAAAACAAAGUUAGUUUUCUCUAGUUUUUCCACAUCUGUACGCACAGAUUUACAGAAGUUUGAAAGUUUGUUUUUCUUCAAUAAUAAAUGUUUGAGUUAUUCGGGUAGUUUUCACCGACGAUGCUAAACUCAGCGUAAACUCAAUCAGCAAAGAAAGUCACAUCUGCUUCAGGUUCCCUUCGCGCCGUUUCCCCUCCCCCGCCUCUAAUCACUAAUCAAUCACUUUGGCGAGGUGCUUUUUUAACCUUGACUUUCUAGAUAAAGUUGGACCUGUCAAUGCGAAAGGUCAGCGCCACUUGCUAAUUAACCAAAAGGGAAAUUAACUAACGGAGGAUUUAAAUGACAUUUUCAGCUGAAAGUUAAUCCCGCAGAAUCCCCAUCGAGCGUCUCGUCCCCAGACUGAGGAGAUUAAUGAAAUUUUGAGUCUAAAUUUAAGAUUUUUCCGGGUUAGAGAGACUCAGGUCAGCUGAUGGAGGCGGGGAAUCAGUGGGAUCUGAACAACAGCGGCGCUCUGGUUAUCACCCACAGCUGUCUGCAGACCUCUCCCACCGCAGCGCAGUUUUGACACCGGUGUCUUUUAUUAAGAACGCUGAUGUGGCCGGUCGACCGUUGUGUGAGGGCCUCUGUUUUUGUGUAAGCUCGACAGCUGAGAGGAAUUCAAUAUUUCAAGGAGAUGAUGUCAGAAGUGCCAAUAUGGAGACUGGAGAUUGAGGGAGAAAGUCGAUACAGUGAGGCUGAAGUAGCAAGAACGUUUUGGACUCAUAUAAUCUGUUGUGACACUGGCCAGGACAAAGCCGGCGCUUGAUCAAUCUGACAGGACGUCAGACAUAGAUUCACUCUUUGUCUCUUUGGUAUUGUUAGACGGACCUGAGUCUGAGGAGAGAGACAGAACAAUGUCAUCUGACAGGAGAGCUUUGUUCUAGGAGGUACAAAUCCAAGCAGCAAUACUCGGCUCUCUUCACACGUCUCUCAAAGUCUGACUGAGAAAAAAGAAAAAAACUGCUCCUGACACAAAGACGUUCACUCGGAUCAGAUCUGGACGGUCAACAUAAAGCAGGACUUCCACAAUAAAACAUUUUCAGCUCAUGAUUAGUUUGAAUUAAUUGGAAAAAACUCAACCCAGUCAUGUGUUUCUAAUGGUUUUAUAACCCAAUUUCUUUAGAGAUCGUCUUGUGAAACGAUCAUCUGUGACACUUUAUUUUGAUAUUUUCCUGUCUUGUGUUUUCCUGUAUUUUACAACACGUUUUGAUUUUGAAGUGAAGUAGGAAAUUAUAACUAACAGAACUGAAUAAAAACAACGAAACGAAAAACACUCACAAAGUCUGAAUGUUCAGUGUGAGGAAGAAGAAGAAGCUCUGUACUAUAAAUCCUGAAUCAUCAGCUGGAGCGUCUUUUAAACAGGAAGUUAUAGUUUGAAAAUCCUGCACCUGCUUCUUUUCCAUCUUUUAUCCAUUUUGUACAAUAAUACGAGUAAAAUAAAACUGUUAAAGUAAAAUUCAAUCAUCUAAUUGAAGGUGUUUGUGAACCAGUAAGUUUUCAGCUCUAAUUAAAAGGAACUGAAAGUUUCUUUAGUUGUAUUCUCCGUGUUUACUUCUGGCUAAAGAACGACAGCUGAUUCAUCUCAGACGACACAAAAAAACACCUUUAAUUAACCUUCAAAAUAAAGUUCUUAAAGAAUAACACAGUUAGCUAAAAAGAGUUAAUUUAGUUCUGUUAAAACUGCUGUAUUCAGAGUUCGGGGUGUUUUAGACAUCCAAGCUAACAACAGCAUCACUCACAGACUCUUCGAUAUUCUGUCUGUUUGAGUUUCAUCAAAUCAAAGUUGAGACCUUCAGCUCAUGAUGCUGUUCUUUGGGGUAAAACACUGAAGGUUCAUUAGAAGACUCUGUUAAAGUUUGUAGGCUGUUGGUUAGGGCUGGGCGAUAUGUCCUCAAAUCAAUAUCACGAUAUACUGAUCAGUUCACCUCGAUAACGAUAAAUGGACGAUAACUACUCCACAAGCUGCUCAACCCCUCCCACAUUAACUUUUGACCCGUCCUCCAUCUCCUCACCUGUCUUUCCCUCUUUGUUACGGACUGGAUGGGGCGGAGUCACGUCUACCAACAAACAUCCAAAACCAACUUUUAUUCAUUUAUGUUUUUUGACACCGAAUAUACAGAUAUGGGCAAAAGGACGUUGCUUAUUGUCGUAAAUGAAUCGCCCAACUCUACUGUUGAUUCUGAGUUGCUUGCUAAAAAAACAAAAAGUUCAACUAUUUAAGUUUCUAAAAACCUGAUUUUAGUUUUAGAGCAUCUCCAAAAACGACUCAAACUAUCGGCUUUAGGAGCAAAGUUACUCUGAGAACAGUUCGGGUCUUACUGAGUGACUGAGCUCCUGAUACUCUUUAGUUUUAACUCCAUGAAUAUUCAUGUUCCCCGGCUCUGAUCCUUCAUCACGUUUCACACACAUGCUAAAAAAAAAAAAAACAAGCCACACAGGCAGAUCGAAUCAUUCCUUUUUUUCACUUUUAAUGGCCAGGAGAUGAAUGGAGUAAAAUAUGCACUUUUUUAUUCAUUGAUAGCAUCUUUAGGUUGAGGUAAUUGAGCCCCUCGCUCCCCCCCUUCCUCUGACUGAAUGAAUAAUGACUUCAUCUGAUCCCCGGCAAGGCUGAAAAAAUUUGGAGCAGCCAUUGUUCGAGCAGAAGGGGAUCUUUUUGCUUUUCAGGCAUGCACUGUGCUCUCUGUCUUAAUUUUUCUUCAUUUUAAUCCACCCAAACCCCCUAUUUUUCUCAAUAGCUCAACCAUGAACCAUGUAGUGAGGCGGCGGGGUGGGGAGAUACCCACCCACCCACCCACUCACUUGCUCCCUUUCCUCUUCCCCUCUCGGCUCUCUGUGACUGGGAGUUUAACAGCCGCUGAUAAAUCAGUCACACUGCUCUCCCUGCUCUCCUCAGUCCUCAGGGGAAUGGGCCUGGUGGGGGUUUGGGCUCUGGAGGAAUUUUGCUGUUUUUUAUACGUCCGUGCCCCCCUCCCCUCCUUUUCAGAGCAGCUCCUUUAUUUGAGGGAGGAGAGAUGUUAUGUUCUGCUGUUUUUGUAAGCGUGGUGCGUCAGAAGAAAAAAGCCCUCUGUGUACCGGGCUUCGCUGUGAGCGCUGCCAGAGAGGGGAAGGGCGCUUCUUUAUUUGACAUCUUUUUCCCACAUGCUCCAUUGGCUGGGAGAUACACUCGAAAAAUAAAGGACAACUCUGACCCCCUUUCUGUCUUUUUCAAAUCUCAAUAUAGGAACUUUAUUUAUUAUUGAGGCCUUUGACCGCCUCGUGCAUUCGAGGGCAAUACUUAAGCAUCAAAUAAUGAAGUUUGAUAAACGCAUUUAUGCAGAAAAACACGGUUUGCAUGAUAAAAGCCUGCAGCCAAGAACGUCUUUCAGUGGUUUUGUUUUCCCCUCCCUGUAAAGGAUAAUGUCAGGCUUCAGGAGGAGAUGAAAUUACCGGGAAUCCCCUCUAAGAGAAAAGAAAAUGUUCACUUAAAUCUCUUUUCUGGGUUUAAUACUCCGAGUUUAUAGUUUCGGUGAUUCCUGCAGAAGAAAAAUCAUCAAGUUAUAGAAGCAAAAUUGAGAGAAGUCCAUGAUUAAUGUGACUUUAUUAUGGUGUUAGUGAGUCGACCAGACUGGAACGGCUGACUCCUGCUGACUUUGGUUAAGUCAGAGGUAGAUUUGAGAUCACGUUUAAUCCUGCUGGAAAACUUCAGAGCCUUAUUAAGAUCCAAACAGACAUUUAAAAACCAUUUUAAAAUCUCCUUCAAAACAUUUAACAUGAGCUGAAAUGAAGUUUAUCUGACUUUUGAAAUAUUUACACUUGGAGCUUCAGAAACUGGAGGGUCACAUCCCUCACCACGAAUUUACACUGCAUCCGGAACAGCUGCGAUUUUCGCCGUCUGCCAAUUUCUACUGGAUCUUUUUGUGAGGCGAAUUUAGUGGCAGAUUAUGGACAGCAGGAAUCGCAAGAACUCACAAGAAACCGCGAAUUCACGUGCAAUCGCGCGAUAACGAGUUGUCUCUAGAAAGACAGACACAUAGACAUAUAAGCAGUAGAUUGUGUCCUUCCAGAGGAGGGAAUCUACUUCUAGACUUCUAGAAUCAGCAUCUCCUCAUCCAUGGUGUCAUCGGGGUGAAAUGACGUCUAAAAACCUUUCACUUGUUCGUCAUGGGGUUUUCACGGGUGCUGAAUUUAUCCGGCAUGCUCUGGCGUCUGGAAAAAAUAGAACUCUUGCGAUCAGCUGCGGAGUCCGGUGAUCCGCAGAGGAACGGAAAGAGGCCGGUGGAAAUUGACACGUUAACUUGAAUGGUUACGAUGAGCUGUGAUCGGCGGAUACGGCCUUUUCGUAGCCGUUCCAGACGUGGUGGAAAUCUGAUCAGACUACAUCCAUGUUCAUACAGUCCAGGUCCGGGUUUUCGAUUGUGACCCCUCUGACGUUAAUCACAGCUCAGAGAUCAGAGGAUGAAAAUAAAUCUGCGCUCUAAUCCUUACUGUACAGGGUGAUUAUGCUCAUAUCUGUUUAUUUGACCUUUGACCCCUUGUCUCUGUAGGUCGGCCUCCUCGACCUGGAGCUGAACCGCCUCACCAAGGCCCUGUUCCUGGCCCAGGUGGUUCUGUCUAUCGUCAUGGUAGCGCUGCAGGGGUUUUUGGGUCCUUGGUUCCGCAACCUUUUCCGCUUCGUGGUGCUUUUCUCGUACAUCAUCCCCAUCAGGUACCUCGUGGUUCUCCUCAGUCUUCAUGAAGCUGCUGUGUGAUACCUGAUCAUUUCUCAUUUUCUACAUGUCGCUUCAAUCCAGAACGUUUUCUGUCUUCUGUGUGAGAUCACAGCUUUGUUUUUCCUCUGUGCAGUCUGCGCGUUAACCUGGACAUGGGAAAAUCGGCGUACGGCUGGAUGAUCAUGAAAGACGAAAACAUCCCCGGCACCGUCGUGAGAACCAGCACCAUCCCGGAAGAACUGGGCCGGCUGGUCUACUUACUCACAGACAAGACUGGUAGGUGUCCUAACGCGGAUUUCCUGACCUGUUUUUGGGACCUGAAUGGAAACAAAAUCCUGAUUUGAUAACAGAUCUCAACGACACUUUAAAUCUCAGCAGCUUCUUGAAAUUAGACCUGAUGUCCUGCUAACAUAACGGACCGAGACGUGAAGAAAUCAGGCUGUAAAUAAAUCCAAUAAAACACUGAAAAUCAUCACAGCUUGUAAAUGUAAAAGAGUUUAUCAUCACUACAUCCACCGACGUCAGAAUCAGCUGCUAAUCAUGCAAAAUGCAAAUGACCAUCAUUUAUUUUAUAUGCAGUUUAAUAACAAAUUAAAAUCUACUCUGAUCUGAGACGACUAAACCAAGCUGUGAGGGCUCUUUGCUAACGUUACUCAGCGUGUCAGAUGAUGAACUCUCUGGCAGCAGACGUCGUUCAAACACAGGUCUUCUUUUAGUUGUUCUGUUUUGGUGAUUUGAUGUUCUUCGGUGUCGCAGCGUCUCCCAGAGUCUGUUUUUGGUGAUGUCGUGUUUUGUCCAGACUUGUGAUGAGAUUCGGCCUCAACGCCGCAGGUCGACUCUCCUCCUCUGAAGGUGCACUGACACUUUCGAGAAGUCGGCGUUUGUAUUCGAAGAUGUUUGAUACAUCAGAAGUGGCCCAGGACUGAUUCUGACCCUCAGUCCUCCUUACUUGUCCUCUUCUCUAUCCACUGUCCUGUCUCUCAACAAAGACCCCAAAGUAUUUUCAGGUUUAAUUUGUUUUUAUUGCUGAUGUUGGUCUUCUGGUCCUCAGGCACUCUGACACAGAAUGAAAUGGUCUUCAAGCGACUUCACCUGGGAACGGUCUCUUACGGCACAGACACGAUGGAUGAGAUCCAGAGCCACAUAAUCCAGUCAUAUGCACAGGUAAGACGGAUCACUCUCCAAGAGGGCGGCAGCUCACAACAUGAAACCGAAGUCUGAGUCUUUUUCUUUUGGACAAAACUUUCUGAUUCAGGAUGAAAAUUAUUAUUUUCUGAAUCCACCUCCUGAAUUCUCUCCAUGUUUAAUCCCGCCUCUCUUUUCAUAUUUAACUGAGGAUGAAUAUCCCCGUACUGUUUAUUGAUCAGGCCGUGUCCCUGAGCGACUCCUCGUACUGUAAGCGAGUGUUUUUUUCCUCGCCGGGUGGCUCAGAUCGAGGCUGCGGUCCUGACAGGAUGAUAUUGUUCUUACUCAGCCGGCUCUAAACAGCUGCUCGGCUCUGGAACCAUCUGCCCCACACGCCCUGAUGUGUAAUCUCAGCUAAUGGGAAAUGACUCGUCUGUUCAGAGACGAGCAGCUGAUCUUCACUGUGUCGCUGUUUCUUUUUCUCGAAGACGCUGUGAACUUUGUGUCUUUUUUAUAUUGACGAGUUUUGAUAGAUUAAAUCCUGAUAUAUUUUGGAGCACUGUUUUUCCUCUUUUGUUUCCAGAUCAUCUCCUUCUUUAAUAAUUAUUUCAAUUCCCACAUCCUUGCUGGUCUCUUGUUUUCAUGUCACAUCUCAGCCGCGUCCUCUCCUCAUAACUUUCACUUUAAUUCGGUGUUUAUCGAUCCUCACGCCCCUCAAGAUGAAGAUUGUCAUCUCCCUUCCUCGCUCCCUCUUUCCUUCCCGGCUUGAUUGAAGGUUAAUAAGAAGCUAAAAAUCAAAAGCUUCAGCAGAGCAAAUCACCCGUGUUAAACACAGCUGGCGCCACGGGCUGUCCGCCUGCUCGCUUGUCACCGCCCGGUUAAACUGAUGGUCGGUGUCAAAACAGCUGAGCGCAUAAAAGAGCCGCAAACCAGCUAUGACAAGAUAAAGACGGUGAUACACCACUUCCACUCGCCGUGUCAUUUAGCUUGGCGAGGCGUGUCAGAGUGGAUUGGAAGUGAAGUUACAAGUGUGCGAUCAGAUUCAGAGUCUGGUGGAAACUACACUCAGGAGAUCGAUGUGGGAAUUCUGGGUCAAAAGAUCAUCAAGUCAGAGUUUGUUUUGCAGCAGCUUCUCCUGAUCAAACGUAAAUAUUUAGACUUCCAGCUUUACGAGUUUUUAAUAAAACAUCAUGUUCUGUGUUUACGUUCCUUUCAGGGCACCUCCCAGCCCGCCAGCAGCGCAGCGAGCGGCUCCACUCCAUCCAGGAAGACGCAAACCUCAGGCCCCAAAGUCCGCAAGAGCGUCAGCAGCCGCAUCCACGAGGCAGUGAAAGCCAUCGCCCUGUGCCACAACGUCACCCCGGUCUACGAGUCACACGCCGGCGUCAACGGGGAGACAGAGUCCGCCGAGGCCGAUCAGGACUUCAGUGACGACAACCGCACCUAUCAGGCCUCCAGUCCUGACGAGGUAGAAACAAAUACUCUCUUUUUUAAAGUAAACAAGAGGGAAGAAAAAGAAGAAAAAGAACAAAUUUGACCUUUAUUUUGGAGUUUCUUAAAUGUUUACAGGAAACGUUCAGCUGCACAAACCGAAAGUUCCUCACUGGAGCUUUAAGGUAUUUUACUCAGAAAUACAAACAGAAACCACCGUCAACUCUUUAAAUCCGCUGAAUGCUUUCUCUCCUCCUCUCGGCUCACUUUCCUCAUUUUUAGAGCCUCAUAUUUUGGAGUAACUCCAGCGAUGAUUUCAUGACCGUCUGCCCUUCCUUCUGGGAGAUCAUCAGAACCAAACCCAGCGUGCGCCUCUCUUCGGUUUCCUCUCUGUCUUCAUGUUUUAUUAGCGAGCCUAAAAAAAGGCGGUUCGUCAUGAUCGUCAUGAUCGUCAUGAUCGUCAUGAUCGUCAUGAUCGUCAUUUCACGGACACAAAGUUCAGGGUUGUGAACUCCUCGUCGUAGAGGUUAAACUGUUUUAUCGUUUAUAUCACUCCUGAGUUUAUUCUGUUGAACCUCGUCUAUUACUCUUAAAUUUAUCCAUAAAGACGGUUGAUAAUAUUCACAUUUCUAAACACAUGGAGAGAACCUCCUUCAGUACAUCCAGGGGUCGUUAAUCUCCCAGCAUGCACCAAGUUCACGACUGUUGACAUGUUUAUCACCCGUGACGUGAAGCUUCUUGUUCGCUCUGCGUCGAACUCUCCGCCGAAUUUAGCGAUCAAAACGAAGAUAAAAGGGCGGGCUGAGAUAAAUCUGAGUUUCCAUUAUGGCGCCGGGUCCUCCGUCCUCUCGCUCAUGUUGAUGUAUAUAUUUAUUUAUUACCCUUCUCACUUUGCUCUAUCUCCCCUCUCUACAUUGUCUCACUCUGCUCGGAUUGAUCAAUAUUUAAUUUUCUCUCAGAGGCGCUGAGAGGUGGAGGUCUGUGAUUGUUGGUCGAGCGCUCCCUUUCCUCUCUGCGAUAUCCUUUGUUCUUUCUCUCUCUCUCUCUCUCUCUCUCUCGCUCGCUCAGAUCUUGGCCACUGUACAUCUGUCAGUAACAGUUUGUUCGGCCCCGGCUCUCCGCUCAGCCUCUCUAAUGUAAUGAGCCGUCAUUAAGGAGAUGAAGUAGGUCGGCCGCCGCUGAGGGCAGGACAGAGGUCAUCUGACCUGCUAGUCAUCGAGGUUCUGCAAACAGAGUCCUGCUUUGACCUUCGACCCUCAUAAUAUCAGACAAGAGCAUUUGACUGUAGUCCUCAAUGACUGACAUGUCCGGGAAAGUGGGUGCUUCAUCAUUUUCAAUUGGAUGUAACAGACAGAAUCAGUGAGUGAGAGUGAGGAGGAGGAGGAGGAGGAGGAGGAGGAGGAGGAGGAGGAGUGAAGAGUUUCCUCUGCAGACACAGAACAGAGGGCGAUAAACAUCUGAUCAACCAAACAGGGAUUUACUUUGAACAGUCGUGAAGGUAGACGGUCCUGCUUUACAUCAAAUCCAUGUAACGGCUGUUAUUGAUCCUGUGUAGACAGAGGUAGGUACGUCAAAAAUAAUAAUCACGAUUAUUUUCACUGAUAUUGAAAUUACAGUUAAUAAAGACGAUUAUUCAUUCAAAACUUGAGUUUUUAUUGAACCACCCAAACAUUUAACUUAAGAUGUAACUUAAAAGAAUAUCGGCUGUGUGAUCGCUGACAAUAACUCGCUAAUGAUAACACCGGGCGCACUUGUGCUGUGUGGUGCAGCGCCCAUGUCUGUGCGUAUAUCCUAUACAUAUGAGUCUGAGUAAGAGCCUCUUAAAUAAAAUUUAAAAACUCAUUUUCACGGUGUGGUGGUGUUGUGCCAUGAUUUAUUGCACAUAGGGGAAACCCUGAAGUUGCCGUGUCGUCUUGGGGAGCAGACAAGACAGCGUGACAAACCGUGCAAACAAUGUCCUUUUGCUGGACGUCCGUCAACUUGAAGCUAAAAUGUUUCUGAAGUUGUCCUUCCUUACUUCUCAACCAAAAGCGUUUUUUCUGCCAUGUUUUUAAUCACUCGCUCCUCAUAUUAUUGAUCCACACACAUCACACGCUUGCUGCAGCUGCAUGUAAAGGGUGCAUGAAUUUACAUACAUGCCGUACCAUGCGGCGCAUUAAUCGUCUUUCUUCGAUUUUAACGUUUUUAUGAUUGUAAGAAGCCAAAAUCAAAAUCAUAAUUAAAAUACGGUUAAUCAGCCACCACUAGCAAGAGAGACAUAAGAGAUAAAUCAAAAUCAAAAUUAAUCUGCAGAGAGAAGUCAAUGACGAUGAGGAAAAUAGAGUGGAAGGAAGAGACAUCUACCAAACUGAAGAAAACAAACUCAAACAGCUUUGGCUUCGGUGGUCACACAAGAAAGAAAAGUCAAGGAGGAGAAAGAGACGAUCUCCUGAAGGUGUGGUAAAACCAGAAGUUUAAUAUGAUUUUUAACUUCUGCAUUUAGUUUAACGUUGAUUUGACAAGAAUUUAAACGGCAUAAAAGCACAACUGACUGUUUUUUAGCAGCAUAAAUAAAUAAUUUCUAAAUCAAUAAAAUCAUCUUUAAAUCAAAAACUAAAAUGAAAUUGUUCGUUUCUAUAAUUAAAUAAUAAAUCAGGAAUCCGAACAGGGUAGGACAACACUGUGAACCGGCUAAAGACCUUUUAAAGGGGUCGUCUAAUCGACUCCAAUCAUGAAGUGGUUUUGUUUAUUCUCUUAAAGUCUGUAUCAAAGUCGACUAAACCGUAAAUAUUUUGCACAGAGCCGAUAAAACAGAUCUAAGGUCCUCGGCUCACACACCAGGAUAACGACUCACAGAUGUGUGUCAAGUAAAUAUAGGCCGGCCUUUUUCACGGAGCUCAAAGAGGGGGAGCAGGAGAAAUGACGGGGUAUUAACAGGAAGUCCCAAUUGGUAGGUCAGAGUAUAAUAACAAGCUUUGAGUGAGCAAAUUGAAAAUGAACCCAUUGAGGAUGGAGUCGUGUGCAGCUGAACGCUCGCUCGGGGGGCCGCAGUUCCUGCUGAGGAGAAAAGAGGAAAGAGAAACAGAAAAACACUCAUGAGGAGCUGAAUGAGGAGAUCUCUGCAGCUCUGGAGAUGCACGAGUGAAAGUGAAGUCGGAUUGAAGCAGCUUUGAGUCCAUAUGUUUUCUAAAUUCCCCUUUGAACAGUAAAAGCUUUUUUUCUUUGGUAUAAUUGGAGGUUUUUGUGUCCUCCUCCUCCUCCUCCUCCUCAGGUGGAGCUGGUGCGUUGGACGGAGAGCGUCGGCCUCACCCUGGUUAACAGAGACCUGACCUCCCUGCAGCUGAAGACUCCCUCUGGACAGAUCCUCUCCUUCCACAUCCUGCAGAUCUUCCCCUUCACCUCCGAGAGCAAGAGGAUGGGCAUCAUCGUCAGGGUGUGGAUGAAGUCUAAAUGAAGUCUCGGUUUUGUCUCUUUUGAACAUUAAUUAUCUAUAAAGAUGUAUUUUUUUUUGUCUAAACUCAGGAGGAGUCAACGGGGGACAUCACUUUCUACAUGAAGGGCGCUGACGUCGCCAUGGCGAGCAUCGUGCAGUAUAACGACUGGCUGGAAGAAGAGGUGAAAGUUGAAGCUGUUUCUCAUGAGGCCGUAUUUUCCCGUUAUUCCGGUCUUCUCUGAUUGAUCCUCGCCGCUGCGUCCUAUCUUUAAGUGUCAGUAAAGCGUCUCCCCCUAUAGCUGAUGGAGAAACCUUAACGCUGUUAUUAAACGGACACGUAAAAACCCCGUUAAAGCACACGCAUCGAUUAUUCUCCAUCCAGUCUUCUCUUGUAAUCAGGACAUUCAUGUGGAGAUCAGCGGCCCGUGUCUGCAGCCGUUUGGUGGCUGAAGGUCUUGUGUGCGUAUGUUCAUAAUUAUAUUGGCAUUAUUGAGUCAUUUAGCACUGGGGGCGGCGUUUGAUUUAAUUAGUGACCUACAUAAAGUUGUGGUAAUUACAGUAUGUCAUAUUCUUGAACAAUGGUGCUAAUGAUGUCCUGUUGGCUGUAAUAUCCCGCUGUCAAAUCAGCCGCAGCCACGGUUACUCUGCUCGUCAAUAACCAAUCAACAGAGCAGAUUCGCCCCAUUGGUGUUUCAUAUCAAAAAUAAACCGCCAUCCAUCCCUUUGUUUUACUGUGUCCUCUGUAUUCCUCCCCCGGCCAUGUUAUUCACCAUUGAUUUCUUUGGUGUUGGUAACAAUAUGCUGCUAUUGACGGCACUGAACAUGGUGUUCUUAUACUGCAGCUGCUCAAACAGAGCCGAUGAUGAGCCGCCCUGGGAUUAAAACGAUAUUUAUCUGUGAGCAGGAUGUUUGAAACCUCAGCUGUGAAAUAAACAAGAACUAGAAAAUUCACUAAAAAAGAUAAAAACAACCUGACGUCUGUCCUUUCUGUCCGUCUGUCAGUGUGGAAACAUGGCCAGAGAGGGACUCAGGACGCUCGUGGUCGCCAAGAAGUCUCUGUCUGAGGAGCAGUAUCAGGACUUUGAGGUAUGAUCUGUGUUCACAUGUCCUCCUACAGCCCUUUACUCAGGAAAGCAGUUUUUUUUUUGUCCUUGGAGGCCACCGUCUCUUUUAGAGGGGUGAGGAAGGGGGCGUUUUUGUCCAGAAUCAGGCCAACUUUUAAACCUGAAGUGGUCGCUGCUGAAGGUUUGAUUCAGUCUUUUCUGGGUGUUUUAAAAAAAAGUAUAUCACACUUUAUAUCAGGAAUGGACAUUUUAAGAAAGUCCCUUUAUCGGUCAAUCAUAUAAAUUAACAAUCAAUCAUCGAUUUAAUUGAAAAUACGCAAAAAAUGUGUUUUUCCUCAUUGAAAUUUCCCCUCGUUGUUUAGGACUGCGCGCUACACGCUCACUCGCUUCCUUCCUGCCCGACUACCUUGGUAACAUGAAACACUAAAAAUCGAGGACAUUUUCAAGAAGAACUUUAGUCCGGGACAGGUCAUCCAAAACAGGGACUGUCCCCCGAAAUCAGGGAUCUGAUAGAUAGAUAGAUAGAUAGAUAGAUAGAUAGAUAGAUAGAUAGAUAGGAAACAUAGAUAGAUAGAAAGAUAGAUAGAUAGAUACAUAGAUAGAUAGAUAGAUAGAUAGAUAGAUAGAUAGAUAGAUAGAUAGAUAGAUAGAUAGAUAGAUAGAUAGAUAGAUAGAUAGAUAGAUAGAUAGAUAGAUAGAUAGAUAGAUAGAUAGAUAGAUAGAUAGAAACAUAGAUAGAUGGAUAGAAACAUAGAUAGAUGGAUAGAUACAUAGAUACAUAGAUAGAUAGAUAGAUAGAUACAUAGAUAGACUUUAUUGAUCCCAAACUGGGAAAUUCUCAGUGUGGUUGAAGUGGUCCAUCAUUGGGGUCGUUGUCGUGUUUUAUUUGUGAACGACAUCGCCGUGAUUGCAGCAAACCUCAUCUUUUCUGUUCGAAAUGGUCCCAAACCACACGUCUAUGGAAGCCCGCUGACGCCGCUGUAUCACUCUCCUUGUAAAAUUUCGAAAUCCCUCCUCACAGUUAUUGUCACUGAUUACUUCAACACACAAUCAGUGACCGGACAAAGAGGGUAACCUUCCCCAUCAGCAGAGGUUGAGGAUGGACGCGCACUGUCAGUCAAUGUCGGUCCUUUUUAAUAACGAUCGAUCGAAAUUUUGUGUGAUCAACAUAAUUCUUGACGAUCAAUUAAUAGAUCAUUGAUUAAUCAUGCCCAUUCCUACUUUACAUAUAUGAAUAUAAAACUGAGUCAGUAUUGACGACAACAAUAGUGAGUCGGUCCUGAACAGACGUUAUGGCUCAAGUGGUCGGUCCAGGUUCAAUUCCAGCUUUUCCUGCUCUAUCAAAUGUCUUUUCUUCUAAACUAAAAUCAAAAAAAAUGAAGUAGUCAAAAUAACUUUUAUACUAACAACAAUAAUAAUGAUGAUUUUUUUAUGUGGUACCUUUAAAAACACAAGUUUACAAAGUGCUUUGGCAAACAGGCAGAAAUAUAUAUGAGAGUAAAUCAAGAUUAAAAUGAUGUAAAAACCCAAAAGUAAAAUCCCAACCAGAAAAUCAUCCGGACCAGACAUCUGAAUUUUUUGUUUUUGUGCAGAGCCGCUACAACCAGGCCAAACUGAGCAUCCACGACCGAGCGCUGAAGGUGGCGGCGGUGGUGGAGAGCCUGGAGAGAGAGAUGGAGCUCCUGUGUCUGACCGGCGUGGAGGAUCAGCUGCAGGCGGACGUCAGGCCCACGCUGGAGCUGCUCAGAAACGCAGGGAUCAAGGUGAGACUCGCUGUUCGAUUCACCUGGUAAAGAGAAAAACCCUCACAUCUCAGUUUAACGAAAACAUCUUCGUUCGUGUUUCUUUCUGCUCAGAUCUGGAUGCUGACAGGAGACAAGCUGGAGACGGCCACAUGCAUCGCCAAGAGCUCCCAUUUGGUCUCCAGGAACCAAGACAUCCACGUCUUCAAACCCGUACGCCUCUUAAAACCCUCUCCCUGAUGUAAAAUCAUAAAGCCCCUCACUCAUAGAGAGGAAACCUUGAUAUCCUCCCCGCUGACUGUGUUUUGUGGCUCCGGAGCAGGUCUCGAACAGAGGAGAGGCCCAUCUGGAGCUGAACGCCUUCAGAAGGAAACAUGACUGCGCUCUGGUCAUCUCCGGAGACUCCUUAGAGGUACUAAAACACAACACAACACAUUCAUAACACGACACAAAGUGAUGAUGGCGAGGAUGUAGCCAUAUAUGCUUUUCAUCCAAAGAUAAUACUUGUGGAGUUCAGCGAAGGCCUCGGGGAUUCAGAGAGGAAACAAAUCAGGAAGCAGAUUGUUCAUUUCUCACAGCAGAGCCGGACGAACAGAUGUGUGGUCAACAAGUCCGACAGAUGAAUAUGUAGAAGGUCGUUUUGACUCCGCCUCUGUUUGUCCUGCAGGUGUGUCUGCGGUAUUACGAGCACGAGUUCGUGGAGCUGGCGUGUCAGUGUCCGGCGGUGGUCUGCUGCCGCUGCUCCCCGACUCAGAAGGCCCAGAUCGUCACGCUCCUGCAGCAGCACACGGCCAACAGAACCUGCGCCAUCGGUGGGUGUAAACAUCCUCUAAAUCUCCCCCGUGUUUGUGACAGCACUCACAUGUUAUUACUCAGUGUGUCCACAAGAUGGCAGUCUUUGUUCACUUAGAGGAGCAACAAGUCAGCUCUUUUUUUUAAUGUUUUUGUUCCAGGUGACGGAGGAAACGACGUCAGCAUGAUCCAGGCUGCAGACUGCGGCAUCGGGAUCGAAGGAAAGGUAGAAACCGUCCCCUCCUCAUAUAAUCCCCUGUGUUAAAGUGUUAAAGUCGUGUUUGAGCGCUGACGUCUCUCCCUGAUAAAUAAACAGGAGGGGAAGCAGGCGUCUCUGGCCGCAGACUUCUCCAUCACUCAGUUUAAGCACAUCGGCCGCCUGCUCAUGGUCCACGGCAGGAACAGCUACAAGCGCUCUGCAGCCCUGGGUCAGUUUGUCAUGCAUAGAGGCAUGAUCAUCUCCACCAUGCAGGUACUGAAGUGACAGAAACAUCUGUUCAUGUAAUCUGUCUUUUUAACUCGUUCAGUGCCAGGUUCAUUUAUGCAAUUUUCACCCAGUGCCACCGUUGACCUCGAUAGAAAUGUCCUCAUCUUUCAGGACCUACAGAAUAUCUUGUGUUUGGACUAGAAUUAAGUGAAAGAAGUGAUUCUCUUCUUUCACCAGACAAGAAAGUGAGUCUCGAACCCACUCCUGUGUUUGGUUAUUGUCUGCUCAACGCAGCGUGGUCAUGUCAUCUUUGCCGAUCUGGAAAAACACAUUUUUACGAAGGAGAGACUUAGAAACAGAACUCUGAACUCGUUUAUUUCAUUUUACCUCAAACUACUUCACCGGUGGCAUCACGUUCCCCCCUCCUCAGACUCGACUCCUCAUCAGUCUGGAGAUCCGGUUGUCAUAGGUCACUUUGUGACGGCUGGGAGUCAUACGGGCUCUCCACGACGUAAACCACUCUUGCUUGCGUCUUCCUCGUUAGGACAACGACACGCUGGAAAAUUGUUUCUUUGAUUGUCUGCUGAUGAUAUGAGGGUCCGGUACGCUGAUUUUUUUUUUUUUGUGGGAUGGUAAGGGAAGGUCCCGUCCUCCUUGCCUUUGAUUGGCUAUAAGUGCUGAGCUCUUCUGUCGGGUUAGGGUUAUGAGAUUCAGAAGUGCGAUAAUGUUCUGUAACGUUCUGUUCGAUGUACUGAGCCGACAGCCCGCGUUUGGCUUAAGCGUGUAAUGACGUUUCCAGCUUUUCUAGCCAAUCAGAGGCGAAGGAGGCGGGACUUUCCCCAACCAGCCUACCAAAAAAAAAAAAAUAUUGCGUCCGGUACCGGGAUCUCCACUGGAUCCAGAGAAGCUAACACCACGCCCACGGGAGCUGAUGCGCCGAGACCGUUAGCUCUUGGGCAACGAUUUCAGCAUUUUCCUUCUCUCCUUAUAAAAACUCUCCACAACUCAGCUAACUGACAAACUUCUCACUGACUAGUACUUGUUUUUGUUAUUGUAACAGGGUUCAAAUCCGUCAAAAUCUGUCUACGGCACUGAAUGAGUUAAGAUCAGCUGUGUCUCGUAAAGUUUGUGUUUGUUUGUUUUUAAAGUCUUGAAUUUACUCUGCGGACGUUAAAGUUGAUGUUCUCUCCUCAGGCCGUCUUCUCCUCGGUCUUCUACUUCGCCUCUGUGCCGUUGUACCAGGGUUUCCUCAUGGUCGGGUAUGUGCCUUUUUCUUUAAAUCAGCGGAUCUAUCAGAUCGAAUGAGUUUUAAAGUAUCUCCUCCCUCUGUUGUGUGCAGCUACGCCACCAUCUACACCAUGUUCCCGGUCUUCUCUUUGGUCCUGGAUCAGGAUGUGAAGCCUGAGAUGGCUCUCCUGUACCCUGAGCUGUACAAAGACCUCACAAAGGUGCAGUUGAGUCCACACUCGGGUUUUAAAGAUAUGAUUGUGUCGUACGUCGCGCUCAUGGAUGAUGUUUUUCUCCUUCAGGGUCGCUCGCUGUCCUUCAAGACCUUCCUCAUUUGGGUUUUGAUCAGCGUGUAUCAAGGUAAGCUGCGCGGAUUAAUACCUGAUCUGUGCGUCUACGACACGACUGUAUCUGUAACCCGAGACGCGGCUGGCAUCGCGGUAUCAUAGGCUGUCAAAGCAAGUCUUCAACCACCAUUUCAUCAUCCCCUCUGAGUCUAAGACCAGGGUCCCAGGGCCCCCUUCCAACUCUCAGACAGUCUCUUUCUCAGUAUCUUAAGUUUCCUGCCGCCAUCCGCUCGUACAUGCGGGCUUUUGUCCGUCCAGUAAAUCGAUAUUUCUGUAAUCGCUAAGCCAUGCAGCGUGUGAGAAAGAUCUAUGUUCCUGCUGGAGCGUAGCUUCCUGACAGCUCGGGGUUUUUAAUUAAAGGCCAAAACCGAGUCCGAGUGGGGGAGAAGAGAAACAUGAGGACAUAUAUUAGGCAGCGAUCAAGCUUAAUUUAUUACAGAGUUUGCCUCUCUGGAAUGUUCUGUAUGAAGUCUGCAUGAAAAAGCAAUCAUGUCAUCAGUUAGUUCGAGGUGAUUAAGCUCAAUUAGUGCGGCGUAAUGAUGAAGUGGAAGGUUAUCAAGAUUCAGACGGCGCCCAAAGAUGAGUGAGCGUCUGGACUUCGAAAAGCCGACUCCAUCUUUGACAAAUAAACAAAAUAUAAAAAUCUGAUUAUCUCACUUGAUCGGUUUGUUCCCUCUUGCGCCACCAGGCGGCAUCCUCAUGUACGGCGCUCUGGUGCUGUUCGAGUCGGAGUUCGUGCACGUGGUCGCCAUCUCCUUCACGGCGCUCAUCAUCACCGAGCUGCUGAUGGUGGCGCUGACCAUCCGGACGUGGCACUGGCUCAUGGUGGUCGCCGAGUUCUUCAGCCUGGGAUGUUAUCUGGCCUCGCUCGCCUUCCUCAACGAAUACUUCGGUAGGUUUCUACUUCCUGUUACUCACAUUGUUUUCCUCAGAGUAUAUAGUGUAGCAAAGGGUCAUGAUUAAGAGUCGAACCAGCGAAACAGAGACCCAGGAUGUUUUGAUUAAAGCUUCUAUAGGUAGUUUUUCAAUGUUUAUGAAACCAGCUUUAUAAAAAAACAAACUAAAAUGUGAAUUUCCAUGUUUUGAACGUCUGAAAUCAGUGUGAGAGCUCGUGUGUGAGCCCUGAGACUAAAGAAACUGACAUUUUUUACAUUUUCACACAAUAUAAUGAAAAUAAAUGAAACAUUUAACGGUCAGAAGUCAGAAUAAGGAAAUUUAAAGCUCCUCUGAGGAACUUCUCCACUCUUCCUGAUCUCCUCAUCUACCUGCUUUACUAGCGUCUCCUCUCAAAACCUUCACCUCCUGAAAACUUUAACAGCUUGACUUUGACUUUACGGUUUAUUGAAGCUCUGAGGACAUGUACACACGUACCCGGGUAUUUUUUAUAAAUUAAUAUCCAUAUUUUCAUUUUUUAAUAAAAAAAAAGUCACACACACUCGUCAUUGUUUAUAAAUAAAAUAUCAUCCACACAAAACCACAUAACAGUACCGUUGACCGCGGUUAUAAGCAUUAUUAGACCCCUUUUAUCCAAUCAGGGCGAGCUUCUCUUUCUCGUCGUCACGUCUCCAAACAUGAAACACAGCGCUGUGUAGUUCGUUCGUGUAGACCGACAAAGAGGUGUGUAGCGACUGUUUUCCUUUAACAAAAAAGGCCGCUGGGGUUUAGGUUCACUUCAAAGUCCGGUUAAAGUUUCAAAAAGUAAUUUAUUGUUCCAAAAAGAAAAGAAAAAUCAACGAUCCGGGUCCAAAACUUUUAAGUGAUACAAAGAAAUGAGGUUAAAACAGGACGAGUGAAACGGUAAAAAACGGUCAAGAGAAACUGAUCAGAGCUUUUUAACCCAUCGUCUGACUACAGCAGUGAGAUUUAAAUAACCCGACAAACAUCCCAAAACCACACCCCCUCAGUGACGAUCCACGAUAGUGACGUACCUUUUAGAAAUCAUAUCCUGAACAAAUAUAUUUUGGCUCCUACAAGGUGGAAAAGCAAAAACACAAGAAAGGUGGAGGAGGAGUUAUUCAGUGUAGAAGAAUCGACUGUAAAGCACUCCUUCUCCUUUGCUCUUCAAACAAAUGUAUAUAUUCUGUAUUUAGCUGUGCCGUCCUCAGUCUGACAUGAACAAGGGUGCAUAGUUAAUGACGUUCACCUACACACUGUCGUGGACGCUGACGUUUGGGAAUUUGAAACUCUGGUUAUCUCUGUCCACAUGCAAACGCAAAACCGGAGUUUUCCAAAAUCUUCACUUUGGCCAGAGUUUUCCAAAAGCGCCGUUUUUAAUGACGUUUUCAUGAGACUUCAUGAGGAUGACGGCUGAAUCGAAACAAAAAUAUAUCCGUUUGAGCAGAUGCAUGUGUACAUGUCCUAAAUAUCGCUGUUAGUAGUAAGUAAAGUUUAUUUACACACAAAUACAAAUACAGUUUAGGUGCAGAUAUAAAAGAGAAGUAAAAGAGACAAACAGAAGAAUCCAGACUGAGGACUGAGGAGACUGUGGUUCUCUUCUCUGCACCUGCUCUGUCUUUAUUUUGCUGUAACGCCUCACAGCACCAGUUCGGCCUUCAGCUCUGUGCUUUCCCUGCUUCACCUCCUCUCUCCUUUCUCUCUCUCUCUUCUUUUCUCCACCUUUGCUCUGCAUUCACUGUUUUUGCUGCGUCUCUUCUGCGUCUGUUUGUUGGUCACAGGCAUAGGCAGGGUGUCCUUUGGAGCUUUUCUUGGUAGGUGUGCAGCCUGAAUGUUCGUGUCUACGUUGGUGUCGUCAUCUGUUUGAGUUUUUGGGGUUUGCAGUGCAGGUCUUGAUUAUUUGUGCCGUGUGUGUUUGCAUCAUUCAUCGCAAUGUUUGGCUUUUAAUUUGAACAAAUCCAAACUCUGAAAACAUCUGGUUUGUGUGCAGUUUCCUAACCGAUCUCAUUUUUAUAUCUUCUUCUGAGUAACAUCGCUCGCUGCAUGACUUUCUCAGUCGCUCAGAAACACAAACAGACUUUUACAAACACGUGUUGAAGCUGUUUUCUCGUCUGUUUCCUCCCUCAGACUUGUCCUUCAUCACGACCUGGCCUUUCCUCUGGAAGGUAUCCUCCAUCACGCUGGUCAGCUGUCUUCCUCUCUACAUCAUCAAAUACCUGAAACGCAAGUUUUCCCCUCCGAGCUACUCCAAACUCUCCUCGUGA